ACGCCUUAUAUGAUGUCUAUGUUCUAAGUGACAAAAGUUGACACGGGCGAGAAGAUCAGGGUACUCGGAUUGAGCCACAGGAAUCUUGCCUUUUUGUCAUAUUUUCUUUUUGAGAUCAGUUCGCUGCGCACCUUCUGUGACAUCCACGAUGGCUUCUCGAGCAGGUCCCAGAGCAACUGGAACAGAUGGAAGUGACUUCCAGCACAGGGAACGUGUCGCUUCCCACUACCAGAUGAGUGUUGCAUUGAAGUCUGAAAUCCGUAAACUAAACAUUGUCCAUCUGCUGAUUUGGAUGCUGAUUGCUGCUCAGGUAACAGUAAGCCAGCUGAGUCUGGUUUCUCACAAGGUAGUUGCCUCUCCAUACCAGUGGGAGUACACUUAUCUUCUAAGCAUAGUCCCCACAGUGUUCAGCUUCCUGGCAUUGCCUCAUAACAACAUCAGCUACCUUGUGAUCUCCAUGAUCAGCUCCGGGCUCUUCUGCAUGGCCUCACUGAUCUACGGCAGCAUGGAGAUGUUUCCCGUUGCUCAGCAGCUGUAUCGGCACGGCAAGGCAUACCGUUUCAUUUUUGGCUUCUCGGCUGUGUCUGUGAUGUACCUUGUCAUUAUCAUUGCCGUGCAGGUACAUGCCUGGCAGAUCUACUACAGCAAGAAGCUAUUAGAUCAGUGGUUCACUACCACACAGGAGAAGAAGAAGAAAUAACUUCAGCUUUGCUGGCUGAAUUUUUUUUUUCUUGUCUGAAGAGACUUGAUUAUCUAAGUUGAUGUUUGACAGUGAUGAAUUUGUUCAUAUAAAAUAAAAAUGUUUCCAUGUCAAUGUUAA